GCUCUUUCCAGUGUAUGAGUUUAUCAGAGACAUGAGCAUUUUCAGCAGUCUCCUCUGACUUCACCCUAGAGCUGUCCUGCUGUGGGAAAUAACAAACACUAUUUAAUAGGACAACUCUCAUUUACUUUAUUUUUAGUAAAGGUUGAGAAUCUGUGAAGUUUUUUUGUUUUUUUUGCUGUUCUUUUGAAAAGGCAACCAUGAUCAGCCGCAACUUUAAGAACGUGUUGGUGGUCUCCAUCGGGUUUCUGUCUCUGUUCACAGCAUAUGGAGGCCUGCAGAGUUUACAGUCUGAAUUCAGAGCAGGGGAUGGGCGUGGCGUCUCUGAGCGUCAUCUACGCCUCCAUCAUCGUCUCCUCCAUGUUCCUGCCUCCCAUCAUGAUCAAAAAUCUGGGCUGUAAAUGGACCAUUGUUGUUGGCAUGGGCUGCUACGUGUCCUACUCGUUUGGAAACCUCUACCCAGGAUGGUACACCCUCAUUCCUACAUCAGUGAUCCUGGGUUUGGGAGGCUCUCCUCUGUGGUCGGCUAAAUGCACCUACCUCACCAUCUGUGGGAACGUUCAGGCCGCCAAGGACGGCAAAAAGGGUUCUGAUGUGAUCAACCAAUACUUCGGCAUCUUCUUUUUCAUCUUUCAGUCCUCUGCUGUGUGGGGAAACCUCAUGUCAUCGCUCAUCUUUGGACAGGACAACCAAAUAGCUAACAUCCCAGAGGAGCAGCUGCUGUCAUGUGGAGCAGCUGACUGUGGCCUUAACAUCUCUGGCAACAGCACCACCAUCAAGCCUGAACAGAAACUCGUGUGGACGCUCGUCGGAUGCUACAUUGGUGUGGGUGUGCUGGCCAUGAUCAUCAUAGCCGUGUUUCUGGACAAUGUUGACCGGGAUCAGGCCAACCAGUUUCGUGGGAACAGAGAGCCGUUCUGUCACACAUUUCUGGCCACAUUCAGGCUCCUGAAGGACUGGAGGUUGUUGACACUCAUCCCUCUCACCAUGUACAGUGGCUUUGAGCAGAGCUUCCUUUCUGGGGAGUACACUAAGAACUAUGUGACUUGUGCUUUGGGAAUCCAUUAUGUUGGAUUUGUGAUGAUGUGUUUCGGAGCAUCCAACUCCAUUUGUUCUUUUCUCUUUGGGAGACUUGCUCAAUACACUGGGAGAGCUACACUCUUCUGUCUUGCUGCAGUUGCCAACCUUUCCUGUGUAAUCGCUCUCUUGUUUUGGAGACCUCACCCUGACGAGCUGCCAGUCUUUUUUGUGUUUCCUGCUCUGUGGGGUAUGGCAGACGCUAUCUGGCAAACUCAGACCAAUGCUCUUUAUGGCGUCCUCUUCCCGCGGGACAAAGAGGCUGCAUUUGCCAACUACCGGAUGUGGGAGUCGCUUGGUUUCGUGAUCGCCUUCGCCUACAGCACCUUCCUGUGUCUGGAAUACAAACUGUACAUCCUGCUGGCUGUUCUAGUGCUGACGGUCGUCACUUACCCCAUAGUGGAGUACUACGAACACAAGCAUCCCACAAAGCCCAUUGAACAGACGACCUACCAGAGUCAGAAAGAAACCACUAAAAAAGAUGAGAACACGAUCGUUUGUCAGACACAAAUGUAAAGACUUUUUGUAGUUGUUUUGUUUUUAAAUAUCAGUCUGGUCUUCAAACUGCUAAUCAGGUGUCUGGUGCCGAUUGUUCAAAUGACAUAAAUGUCAUAAUAAAUAAAUACAUGAUGAGAAUGAAGGACAGAUUUUAAAGAGAGAAAGAAGAAGAGAGAGAAGAAGCCUGGUGACUUCUGUCAAACUUUACUUGACACAGACUUUAUCUUUUACUCGUACUGCCUGCAGAAAGCUGAGGCUAGCCUUGUAGCGCUUAAAUAUUUUGUUAUGUGAGCCCUGUUGAUGUUGUAGAUCAUGUGCUGGGACAACUGGGACUUCACAGUCUAAGUAAAUGUUGUUGCAAAACAAUCUUGUUCACUCCAUUGUAUUGCUACUUUUAAUAUCAGUAAGGACUGUUGUAUCUGGAUGCGACCAAUUUUUAAGACAACAGAUUUUCUCUGAUUAUGAAACAGCAUUGUUUCCAUUUUUCUUUUUCUAUUUCAAAUGUUACUCUACUGUACACCAUGUAUAUAACUGAAAUCACGUUAGUCUUCACAGUUGAAAACUUCAGAAUGAAUGAAUACUUCAAGCACUCUGUCAAAGGCGUCUUGUUCAGCUUUUACACAUUAGUUUAACACGUUGGUGACUCAUGAGAUGACAAUGACAACAACCAUAGCAGGAACAAGAAAGGUUUUUGGAUUUUUUUGAUUGGAUUUUUUAAAGUUUAUUUUAAACAUUUCAACAUGAAAAGAAAACAACAAAAUAUAAUGAAUAACUUCCUCAAAAAACAGUGGGAAGAAGUUGAAGAUGAUCUAAUCCCACCCCUUCUUCUUACACAAAUGAUCGUAACUUGCUGGAAACCAGGAUUUGCAUCGAAGCAGUAACCAGAGAAGAUCCCCAGUUCAAAUCCUGGGGUGGGCCUGGAAUCUUUGUGCAUGGAGUAUGCAUGUUCUCCCUGUGCAUGUGUGGGCUUUCUCCGGGCACCCCGGCUUCCUCUCACAGUCCAAAAAUAUGCUGAGGUUAAUUGAUAACUCUAAAUUGCCCGUAGGUGUGAAUGUGAGUGUGAUUGUUUGUCUGUAUAUGUAGCCCUGUGACAGACUGGCGACCUGUCCUGGGUGUCCCCUGCCUUCACCCAAGUCAGCUGGCUCCAGCACCCCCCAUGACCCUAGUGAGGAUAAAGCGGUAUAUAGAGAAUGGAUGGAUGGAUGGUUAAAUUAACACUUUAAAUAGGCCAGCAGAUGCAGGGGUGUAUCUUGGGAGAUUAGGCUCCUUAUAAAGUCCCAUAACAGAAUAACACCCAGAGUAAAAGGCGAGUUAACAAUAAUUAGGAUGCUAUAGUUGGGUGUAAAAAAAAAUAAAAAAUUCUGUGUUAAUUUA